AUGUUUGCUCGUCGUGCGUUUCUGGGGGGGAACACGGCGCUGCGGUCCGCGCUGGUGGCACAGCGCACCGGUGGUGGCGGCGAUGUUGCUUUGCGAUGCCACCGUCGGAACGUUACGCAGCUGUUUUCGAAUCUUGUCACGCACUCGCUGCAGGUGGAAGGGUGUGUUUCCCUUAGCACCCUCCUGUAUUCCCCGCUAGGUACGGCGCUGUUGGUUGCCUUGGCGUACAACGUGGUGGUGAUCGGCACGAAACACGUCACCUACACCAUGGAAAUUACGGGGAAGGACUACGUGCAGGAUCAACAACUGCACACGAUUAUGAAGUACAGCAUCCUUAGCUGUAUCCUGCUUGCGAUGGAGGUCAUAUUUGUGGAGGUUUGA